AUGACCGAGAAGGUGGCUAACAUGCGCCUCAGUGAAGAUAUACCGCUACCUUCCAUCGAAGGAGGCUCCCCUGACACCGCUGGAGGGGUCAAUUUAUCAGGAGGGAGAAGAAAUUCCCGGACACCUUCUGUGUCACUCUCGCCACCGCUUGGAGAUUCUGACACUGGAUAUCCUGCUAGCAUUGACGGCCGUCUAGGCAUGUCACAAGUAGCCGAUAGCAUCGAGGACAUUGCCACAGGCUCCGAGAAUCCUAGUGUUUUGCUUCUCCCGGAACGACCUCAUGCUCGCGAUGAUACCCCCCAAAGACGAAGGCGAUCUAGUUCGCGCAUCAAUCUAGUUCCCCACGAUGUGGCUGAUGAAGAGCUUCCGCAUGACCGCUUUCAUGAGCCGAAUUUCCAAUCGGCGUUUUCUGAUGCACAUCGAGUCGUGUCUGAGUUGGCUGAUGUGCUUUCCAGCAGCUCUUUGAGCAACGCUCCUGACUCGACUAUGAGAUCGCUGUAUGUUGAAGCGAAAAGGUUGGCUCAAUUCCGAUGCCAAUCUACGCGAACAAUUGGGUUCGUUGGCGACUCGGGUGUGGGUAAAAGUAGUCUCCUGAAUUCUCUUCUAGAUUUCAAAGGUCUCGCCCGAACCAGCAAUAGCGGGGAGGCUUGUACUUGCGUUGCCACUGAAUACCACUACCACAACAGUGAUAACUUUGCGAUUGAUGUGGAAUGGUUUAGUGAGGAUGAUAUAGCUGCACAAUUAUCUGAGCUUCUCCAAUCCUAUCGGCAUUUCCAUCUUCAUGGACCAGAUCUGGAUCGACAAGAACGAGAAGACUUAGAAGAUCGAGCGAACCUUGCCAGAGAUACCUUCCGAGCAAUGUUCCGAGGUCGACUUGGAGAUGAGCAAUUCCUCACGCUCUCUUCAGAAUCAGCGGUGAUGGAAACUUUGAAAUCGUGGGUAGCAGAGUCUAGGUUCUCUUCGGCCAGCGAUAGAGAAGAACAGCACUCCAUUAACGAAUGCUCUACGCAUCUAAUGCGACUUACUUCUGAUGAAAGUUCGAAUCAACAGCCCGCGAAAUGGCCUUUCAUACAGAAAAUCAAGUUGGUCAUCCUAGUGUGGUUGCCCUUUGAUUUUGUUAACAUGAGCAGGGUUUUUUUGAAAGCUCAUAUUCUCAGCAAGGGGCUUGUCCUUGUAGAUCUGCCAGGACUUCGUGAUUUGAAUUCGGCCAGACGAAACAUCACUGAACGAUACAUGCUUCAAUGUGACGAGAUCUUCGCGAUAUGCAACAUUGGAAGAGCAAUGACAGAUGCAAGCGUCGUGAGUAUCUUCGAUUUGGCGAGACAAGCUAGAUUGUCUAACGUUGGAAUAAUCUGCACGAAGUCCGAUGAUAUCCAAGCGGAGGAAGCUAUAAGAGAUUGGCGAGGAGAGAAAGCAAGAAGAAUUAAACAUUUCAUGGAUACCAUAGCGACAGAUCAGCGAGACGUGGAAAGCAUUCAGGAAGAUCUAGCGGAUUAUGCUGCUGACGACGAUAUAUCCGAGGAAGAAGCCAGGGAACUAUUCGCACUCAACCGACGAUCUGAACAAGCAAAGCAAACCCUGGACAGUCUCUACCGCAACAGGGUCCUUGGAAAUCUCUUCCAGGUUUUCUGCGCUAGCAAUACAGAGUAUUGGAAGCAUCGAUACUCACCAAAAGACGCAGCGUUUCCUCACCUUAGUCUAAGCGGCAUCCUUACUAUUCGCAAGCACUGUAUAUCCAUGGUAGCAGACCGCCAGCUUCGUGUUGCGACGAAAUACAUUCAGGAUGAUAUCCCGGCGCUUCUGGAAGACGUCGAGUUGUGGGUCCAGUCCGGCGCAGGAAGUGUAGAUGCAGAACAAAAGGCAGCGAUCCGCGAAACACUUAAUAUGUUGGAGGCUCGACUGAAUCGUGAACUAAUGGGAAAUUCUUCCCAUAUUAGCACCAUUGCUAGAUCUUUCAACCAGGCUUUCAGAGCGCGGAUUCUCGAAGGCACGUGUCUGAAUCGUUCUAAAAAUUAG